ACACCUGAUUCAGGUGCGGAGAGGGAAGUUCCUCUUGUUCUACGGAUCACGUGCCCAGGAGGGGAGGAGGCGGUGCCGUCGUUGUCGUUUUCCCAGGGGAACGAUCGCUCCGUCCGAAGCAGCUCCGGGAUCGGGAAGGGCCUGGUGGGGGACACAGUAGCCAGCCUGAUGAACGGAAGGAGGAGCAAGGCAAAUGACUGAGAUCAGUGUUCAGAUCAGUGAUACUCUCAUAACAUAUUAGAUCUUGGAAACCAAGCUUUUAACUUUGCCAUCAUACAUAGCCAGGGUUUAUACCCACUGAGGAUCUGGCUGAGGCAUUCUGGAGGUAGCUGCAGGGCAAAGUGAGUGUAUUGCCUGAUUACCAGUCUUCCUUCCUUCCUCGGGAAGAGGCAGUGGAGACCUCUGCUUCCCCCUGCCCCUCUCUUGGCUGGGGAGGAGGGUGAUGGCUCGCUCGGGACAGUUUGGAUUACUUCUGGCAGUGUCUCUUCAGUCUCUCUUACAGCCUGCUUUCUGUCAAGACAGCACUACAGUAAACCCCACCUCAUCCUCUUCUUCAAAUCGCCUUUCGCCGUCAGAGCUGGCAGCUGCCAUAGCUGUGCCAUGUGUUUUUGGGGGGCUCCUGCUGAUUGGCCUCUUGGUUUUCAUGGGACUCAAAGUCCGGGAGAAGCGCCAGACAGAAGGAACCUACCGGCCCAGCAAUGAGGAGCAGGUGGGUGCCCGUGUGGAAACUAACGCCAACCUCAAGCUGCCCCCAGAAGAGCGACUCAUCUGAGCUAGGGGGCAAGAGCUCUGCUGUCAGGUCCCAGCUUGGAAGGAGCCACUCGGCAUGCUGAACUUCAUAAAAACUAAAGUAAAACUGGAGCUGCUGCUGCUGUUGUUGGGCUUGAGGUUUCCCGGCAAGCUUCUAAGUAUUCCAUGCAGGCUGGAUGUGAAUGACUGUAAAUGGGAGAGGUCCCAAAUGGUGUGAAAGGGGCUUCUGAGGAACCACUGGAGCUGAUACCUGCCCACUGCUGGGAAGGCUAGAGACAGGCAGUUCAAAGCAAGAUUGGACCUUGCCUCUCUGUGUGCAUAGAAGAGAAAGGGCUUCCCACGCACAUACCAACUGCACAGUAUUGGCUCUCUCUUUGUGCUCUCCAAAAGAAUGAACUCAUUUUCCUACAAGUGGGAAUUCAUGAGAUUGCCACUGAAGCUGAAUAGGAAAGGGUGGGCAGAGAGGAAGAGGCUGCUCUUGGGUCUUGCCAUGUGAGACCUAAGGCAGGUCUGCCUUUUAAUUUUUUUUUUAAAGAAAGUGUAUUGCACUAUUUAAUAAAAACAAAUCUCCCUUC